AUGAAAACCGAGGACAAAACAAUAAUGUUAGAAGACGAGAACGAGCAAACAACAAACAAGAUUACAAUAAGGCUGCCGCCAUUUUGGCCAGAGGAACCCGAAUUGUGGUUCGCACAAAUAGAAACGCAAUUCACGCUCGCCCAAGUCACGAAGGACGACGAACGAUACGCUUACGCGCUAUCGAAAAUCGAACCGAAGCAAGUAAAGGAGGUUAAAGAUGUCAUAACACGACCUCCCUCGCAAGGAAAAUACGAAACACUUAAGAAAGCACUCAUACAAAGGCUCACGGAUUCGCAGGAACAACGAAUCAGGAAGCUGUUCGAAGAGAUAGGCGACAGGAAGCCAUCUCAAUUCCUGCGACACCUGACCGCCCUGGCAGGCGCUACAGUCUCCCCGGAGUUGCUGCGAACCCUGUGGUUAGGACGACUACCGCCACAGAUGCAGGCAAUAUUAGCAACAAGGUCCGUAGACGACUUAGAGGACGUCGCGGAGCAAGUCGACCACAAGGUUCUUAGAAAUGUAACACUAAUCAUGACUGAAAACUAA